GUGACGGCCGUCAUUUUGACGCGGCGGCAGGAAUGGACGGUUCGUGUCCGCGGUUCCAGCUCGGCCAACCGCGCUUCCAGCAGUGCACUUUCUAUGGACGUCUCCGACAUUUUCUGGAUGUCAUCGACCCACGGACACUCUUUGUGACUGAGAGCCGACUUAAAGCAGCCUUACAGCUUCUGGAGGAUUAUGAACAUGGCAUUACUGCCCCGGAGGUCACCGAUUGCCAGCUCUGGGAAGCUCAGAAGAUCAAGCAGGCCAUCAUACACCCAGACACUAACCAAAAGAUUUUUAUGCCGUUCCGAAUGUCAGGUUUCGUUCCCUUCGGAACCCCCAUUGUUAUUGGCCUUCUGCUACCAAACCAGACCUUGGCAUCAACUAUCUUCUGGCAGACAUUGAACCAGAGCCAUAACGCCUGUGUGAAUUAUGCAAAUAGGAACGCAAGCAAGGUGACCUCCAGAUUUACGUUCGCCCUGGGUUACUGUGGUGCUGUAACCAGCGCAGUCUCAAUAGCGGUGGGCCUCAAUCGUUUCAUCCAGAAAACCAAACAGUUCAGCCCAGCCGCCAGGUUACUGAUCCAGAGGUUUGUGCCGUUCCCUGCAGUGGCCAGUGCAAAUAUCUGCAAUGUGGUCCUGAUGAGGCAUAGUGAGCUCAUCGAAGGGAUCUCCGUGCUUGACGAAGAAGGGAAAUUCGUCGGUUCAUCCAAGAUUGCUGCAAGCCAUGCACUGAUGGAGACAGCCCUGACCAGGGUGGUCCUUCCUAUCCCUGUCCUGGUCAUUCCUCCAAUCCUGAUGUCCCUGCUGGAGAGGACGUCGCUGGUGAGGUCGCGGCCCAAGCUGAGCCUCCCCAUACAGAGUCUUGUCUGCCUGGUUGCCUUCGGACUCGCACUGCCUGUCGCCAUCUCUCUCUUUCCACAGAUGUCAGAGAUUGAAACUUCGAAGCUGGAGCCUGAGAUUGCGAUGGCUACACCCAACCAAACCGUCUUUUAUAAUAAAGGCUUGUGAGCAAGCUGGGCUAGACUGAGUUUAGCUGUGCUGGGGGUUGGGCUGAGCUUGGCUGAAGGCUAGAGAGGGCACAAGAGCAAAGUUCUCAAACAUGAUUACUGAUCAGCAGCGUUGAUAAUCAUUUCAGAAGUGAAGUCAAACUCUUGAUUGGCUUCUGUCAUACAAUGACAGUCAAGGUAUUAAAAUAGAAAUAAACGCCAUUGAUUUUUAAGGAGUAAGAGGGGAGGGGGUCUCACUGUUAGAAACCUAUAUAAAAAAUGCAGCCUUUUCCAGACAUUCUGCCCAAAAUAUAAAUUGUGUUGUAUUUAUAAUAAUAACCCUUGUAUUUGAUAUAGCGCCUUAUCACGUCUUCGAGACAUCUCAAAACGUUUUGCAAAAUGUACUGUAAAGCAAAUUGACUGUAUGUUUUAUGUCCCCGUCCGCAUCAGCGGCGGGGUCUGAUGUUAAGGAGCUGCCAACAAGAGGAAAGUUAAAGGAAAGGAAGUCUUGUAUUUUUACAGUGCCUUAUCACAUCAGAAUGUCUCAGAACUCUUCAUGCUAAUCGCUUUCAUUUACAGUAGGUGCUUUGUGGAAUCCAACUCGGCAGCUGAUUUCUGCAGAGUAAGAUCCCUCACAGAGCCGUGAGGGGGUCAGUGCUGAUUUAUAUCUGGGGGCUUGUGGGCCAGGAUACCGGAGAAACUGCAUUCUCUGCUCCCCAAAGCAUGUGAUUCUUUGACGUUCGCCUGAACAGGCAUAAAUGGGGCCUUGGUUUAACGUCUCAUCUGAAGGACGGGGUCUCUUGACAAUGUAGUGCUCUCUCUAACACUGAGCUGGAGCGUCAGCCUGGACUGUGCGCUCAAGAGUCCCCAACGUGGGAGCAUGAACUCACAGCCUUCCAACCCAGAGAUGAGUGUCCAACCAAAAAGGGCUUUAUGAUUUGGAACACAGGAACAUAAUAUUGUAGUAGACACUGCAACACAGAGAGGGAGAGAGAGAGAGAGAGAGAGCAAGUAACUGAGCUGAGUUUGGGAGGGAAUCUCUGAGGGAUGAUGUGCGUGUGUAAAUGUGCCUCCAAUGCCAGGCUCAGGCGCAUAGGAACAUGGGAAUUGCUAAAUGAUAAAGGUCCAUCUAGUUUGCCUUCGACCAUCCUGGUAGUCACAUGCUACAAUAAUGGUGAUGUUGAUAGCAAUUAAUUCUGUAAUUCUGCACAAUUACCUCAAUUACACUGGGUGCUUUGGACAUGGGACUGUGAGAAACACUUUUUAUACAAUAAAUAAUGAGCACUGAA